AUGUUGCUCUUAAGUGACGUUCUUCCCGAGAAGGCACGCGGGCCAGUGAAGAGGUCUUCCCCAGAGCACUCUCUGACCCCACCUGACGAAACCCCCAUCGAGAGGGAGAUUCGCUUGGCACUCAGACGAGAGCAUAGCCUGCGUCGUUCCCGUGGCCUGGAUGCCAUGCAGGACAAAGCCAAGGAGUUUGUGGAAAUCCCCUCGAGGAGGUCUGUCCUUUCACAGGACUUGACACUGAAGUCAAGGAAAAGUGAGGGCAAGGAGAGGAACUUUGCUGGGAAGAAGAUGCAGCGGGAGAUCUUGUUGGAAGCCGAGAGGGAGAAGGUCCUGGUGCAGCUGGGCAAGCUGCCCGGCUUUUAUGACAAGGGCACUGUGAGGCAGCUCCGGGAGAAGAAACUCCUUUUUGAAGCCUUUCAAGAGCCCAAAGAGUUCCUCACAGCCCAGAGCAAGAGCCCAGCCUCGCUCUCCUGCCAAGAGAUCUCUGGAAGUGAGGAUAGCGAGAUAUCCGGAUCUCAUACGGAACGUGGGCUGAGCCAGGAGUCGCUGUUCCAGAGCUCUGUCCCAACUCCACUUUCUCGAGAUGGUGGCUUCAGCCCCAAGCUAUCUGGGGCACGUGGCCCGAGUCUCAUUGAGGCUGUCAGAGGUCAGGUGAUCAUCCUGGAGAAUAGUCCCUCAGCAACAGCACGCACACCUGGCCAGGAGGACAGGCCUCCAUGGGGUGAAACCGUGGUCGAUUCCGGAUGCGUGAAACCUUUAUCCACGGAUCCCAGUCCGGGUGGACGAGUCCAAAACCAAGAAGCUAGUGAUGAUGAAAAGAGCAAUGAUGACAAAGAGUCUGCCGUGCUGAAGGAGAACCCCUUCUUCAAGCUGCGAUCAUCACUGUCCAUGCGUCCAGAUGUGCAGCAGGACAUUUGGGAUACCAGAGAGAGGGAGAGGGAGUUACACAGGCAGAGAAUCAGCCUGUAUGGCAGGGGGUCAGAAUCCAAGGGCACCAAAACACCCACAUCACCAGACAGCAAGGCCAGCUCCCCACAGCAGCCUCAGAAAACAUCCCCCACACCUACAUCAGCACAGCACUCUCAUGGAAAACUGGAUCUGACAUGGCCACCCCCUCCACCACAGCAAGAGCAGAACGAGUGCUCUGAGGCACAGAAGAGCCCGAAGAUGCCACUGCAGAGGUCCUCUCUGCUGGAGCUCUGGGAGUCAGGCCUGGCCAAUGGGCAUGGAAGCCCCCGCGACUGA